AUGAUAUUAGGACCAAGGAUCAUGGGAAGAAGGCAUGAAUCAACUGUUCCUCAAGUGAUCUACCAAGUUUUAGAGGAACCAUUGAGUGAAGAUGAAGUAGAAGCAGACACCGAUGUUCCACAAACAUUGGAAGAUUUCAUUGCCGAAAUGAAGAAUGCCAGGCCAGAUGCCAGGACCUUCGCAGUCAGGCUUAAAUCUAUGGUUACCCUCCUGGAACAGAGGACGCGGACUGCCAAAAUUCAGGAGUAUCUCUACCGCCAUGUAGCAUCUAGCAGCAUACCAAAACAGCUCCAUUGUCUUGCUCUAAAGCUCGCAAAUGAGCAUUCCAACAACGCCAAUGCCCGUCUGCAACUUCCUUCACCAGAACUCGUCCCUGCACUAGUAGAUAACUCGUUCUACCACUUCAUACUCGCCUCAGACAAUGUCUUGGCGGCAUCAGUUGUUGCUUCAUCACUAGUUCAAAAUACCCUACAUCCUGAGAAGAUUGUUCUUCACAUAAUAACGGACAGAAAGACCUUUUCCCCGAUGCAGGCUUGGUUCUCUUUACACCCUUUGUCGCCUGCUAUCAUUGAGGUCAAAGGGUUGCACCAUUUUGAUUGGUUAACUAAAGGGAAGGUCCCCGUAUUAGAAGCCAUGGAGAAGGACCAGAAAGUGAGAUCACAAUUUAGAGGUGGUUCUUCGGCAAUUGUUUCAAAUAACACCGAGAAACCUUAUGUCAUUGCUGCAAAGUUGCAGGCACUUAGUCCUAAAUACAACUCGCUAAUGAAUCACAUCCGCAUACAUCUACCAGAGUUAUUUCCUAGUCUGAAUAAGGUUGUUUUCCUGGACGAUGAUAUUGUGGUUCAAACUGAUCUUACCCCUCUAUGGGACAUUGACAUGGGUGGUAAAGUAAAUGGAGCAGUGGAAACAUGCAGGGGAGAGGACAAGUUUGUGAUGUCGAAGAGAUUAAAGAGCUAUUUGAACUUUUCUCAUCCCUUAAUAGCAAAACACUUCAAACCUGAUGAGUGUGCAUGGGCCUAUGGCAUGAAUAUCUUUGAUCUAGAGGUUUGGAGGAAGACAAACAUAAGCCUCACUUACCAUCACUGGGUUGAAGAGAACUUGAAAUCAGACCUAAGUUUGUGGCAACUAGGGACAUUACCUCCAGCUCUGAUAGCAUUCCAUGGGCAUGUCCAUGUAAUUGAUCCUUUCUGGCACAUGUUGGGUUUGGGCUACCAGGAUAAUACAAGCAUUGAAGAUGCCAAAAAUGCUGGUGUCAUCCAUUUUAAUGGCCGAGCGAAACCAUGGCUGGAUAUAGCAUUUCCUAAGCUUCGGCCUCUAUGGACCAAGUACGUGGACUUCUCUGACAAAUUCGUCAAAGGCUGUCAUAUCAGGGCAUCCUAA